UGAGACCCAGUGGUCUGUUGCCAGGGUAACCGUCGUUGACCAAGCAUCAUCUCGUCACGUGGGGGCAGUGUUUGUCGCUCUGUGUCGGAGGCAGAGGCAUCUCUUCAGAGCCAGGAAAGAAACCUGAAGGAGCUAAAGAGAGCCUUUACAGGAGGAGAGAUCUCAAAAUCAUCAUCAUCAUCAGCAGCAGCAGCAGCAGCAGCAUGAGGAAGAUCACCGGCAAACACUUGUUGUGCUUCUUUCUGCUCGCCUUCCCGCUGUCCUGGGCAGAAGACACAAAGAAAGAUGUGAGGAAGACUGAUAAUGACACAGUGUGGAGCCAGGUGAAGACCAGACGACUGUUUGCGAGGCGAAAGAUUUCUCCACCACAGGAAAAUCACAUUCCUAAACACAGAUCAAACCUUAUGACCCCUGCACGCCGCUGUGGACGCCUGAUGGAAAGCUGCUCCUCUAACAUUCCGUGUUGCGACCCCUGCGCCUCCUGCCGCUGUCGACUCUUCAACACCAUCUGUCAUUGCUGGAGGAUGCUGUGCUUAAAGAAGACGUAGAUGAAGUCGACACAGACCAGCACCUGGACAUAUACAGUGAUAAGACAUAUUUACACACACAUACAUUGUCUCCUGGCUGGCGGGUUUUCUGCUUAUCCAACACAGGUGCAGUUCAGAGAAUAUUAUUACUCUUCAGCAUAAAGCAGAACAAUUUGGAAAACCAAUAAACAGACUGAGGUUAAAGGAGAAUGUUCUUUCCAUUGUCUGUGGCUUUAACACUUCAGUUUUGGGAGGAUGUGCCUGUGUUGUUUUAAUUUGUUGUCAGUCUUCUGAGACAUGAAUAAGAAAAUACUCACAGAUAUGUUUACACAAUAUCCGAAUGCCGAACAUGCAGUAUAUAGGUGUAACAAAGGAUGCGUAACAUGUGUUUUUUCAUGUAUGUAGACAAUCACAUGUAAACUGUGCCGUGCCUUGGACACCUGGGAACCCAUAAUUACUAGAUUUAGACCAGAAUGUACAUUUUUCUUUUAUACUCCCUUCCCUACAGACUACAAAGAAAACCAUAUGUUUCAUAAGUUAAAAAAAAUGAUCCUGUGUUUAAUCAUGGCUUGAGGCACAGAUAUACUGUAUUUGGGUUCCAUCACCAAUUAUAUGGGUGGAUUAUGAAUGAAAGUUGGUUUAUAUUUUUACUAUUGAAUAAAUACAUUG